AUGGGCAGCCAGCCGCCCCUCUCACCUCCUUUGCCCGUCUAUCUACGUUCCACGCCCUCGAGAAAACCACUUCCCAUACUGCCCCCGGAUGGCCAGGAGAAUGCUGUCAUGCACGGAGGGCCUGUCUCGCCGGUCAGGAUAGAUGCGGCCAUACCGCAGCCACAGCCUUCCAGCGCGGAGAUGGGACACAUGAUGGACGGCCAGAUACAUAAUACGCUGGACAGCAGCAGGCGGACAAGUGGUCCCAUUGAUGGACGUCGGAUGGAUGGACCAGAUGGGCAGGCUGACGGGCAGGAUGGACGGACGAGUGAUGAUAGCAUUGAAGAGCCCUACCAGCCGCUCCAGUACCACCACCAGCCCUUCCACGGACACCUCCGCAGCGCCAGUGCGAGCGCCAGCGUCUCCUCCCGUUCCUCCAGCAAUCGAAACACCAAUGGCGACCACUUGGGCGUCCCUCACUCAGGCUACUCAGACCUCUCCCCUCACCCUCGAAGACACUCUCCUCACGCCCGCGCAGUCAGCUCCCACUCCCACACAGAUACCCGUCCCCUCUCCUUUGUUGACCUGCUGAACGUACCGUAUCCGCAACCGCCUCCUGCAGCCGGCGCCCUCAGCAAUGCGCAGUUGCGUUCAGCCGUGGGCAACAAUGCCUCCCUGCUCAGCCAGAAACAGACGUUUGACAUGUAUCUGGCCAACGUGAAGAAGACCAACGACCCAGGCGCGCAGUAUGAGUUUGCCGUCUUUAUGAUACACGCUGCUCAGGAGGUAGAUGAGACGGAGUCGAAUCAAGGGGGGGGUCCAGCAGGCACAGGCAACGAAGGCACAUCUCGCGCCGAACUACUCCGCGAAGCCAAAGGUAUCCUACAACGCCUCUCAGACCGGAGCUACCCUUACGCCCAAUACUACCUUGCCGACGGCCUAGCUUCCGGUCUCUUCAACAAGGGGAAACCAGACCACGACAAAGCUUUCCAACUCUUCAUUGCCGCCAGCAAACAUGGCCACGCGGAGGCCGGCUACCGCGCCGCCCUCUGCUAUGAGUUUGGCUGGGGAAGUAAACAGGAUGGCGCCAAGGCCGUCCAGUUCUACCGUCAGGCUGCUUCUAAAAACCACCCGGGAGCCAUGGCCCGGCUUGGUCGUGCAUGUCUGGCAGGCGAUAUGGGUCUCACAAAGCGAUACCGCGAGGGCCUCACCUGGCUCAAACGUGCUGCUGAAUCUGCUGAUGUUCAGUAUAACGCUGCGCCGUUUGAAUUGGGAUUGCUGCACGAAGCAGGAUAUGGAGACGAUGUGUUCCAGGACGAAUCUUACGCUGCACAGCUGUUCACGAAGAGUGCGGAGUUGGGUCAUGCAGAGGCCAAUUACCGUAUGGGCGAUGCCUAUGAACAUGGGAAGCUGAACUGUCCUCGCGACCCAGCUCUGAGUGUGCAUUUCUAUACAGGAGCCGCUCAGCUCGGUCAUCCGAUGGCCAUGAUGGCAUUGUGUGCGUGGUUUAUGGUCGGGGCAGAGCCGAUUCUAGAGAAGGAUGAAAAUGAGUCUUAUGAAUGGGCUAGACGGGCAGCGGAGUGUGGCCUGGCAAAAGCAGAAUACGCAGUCGGCUACUUCACUGAGAUGGGCAUAGGAUGUCGUCGUGACCCCCUCGAGGCGAACGUAUGGUACGUCCGCGCCGCAGACCAUGGCGAUGAGAGAGCAAAACAUCGUAUUGCUGCCAUCAGAGCCGCUGCCUCCGGAGCCGAUCCUGCCUCUGCCGCUUCCCGUCGUCUAAAAAAAAAUGGAGAAAAACAAAAAGGAAAACGAUUCGGUCUCUUUUAA